AUGUACAGUCGCCGUAUUACCGCAUCCGCUCUAUCCGCGAUUAUACUGCGUUGUGGCUUACACUAUGGCCGGAUCUUUGGCGUGAUCGAUUUUGGGGUGCAACGUACUGACCGUGGAUUGUUGGCCCCUAAACGCGAAGGCUUCAAGUGUUUCUGCAUUUUGUUUCGAGUGGUUUUGGUCGGUCUCUACCUAUACUAUGCCUAUUCCAUGCAUCUGUCGGACUUUUAUUUGGAGUUGCUCAGCAGCAUACAUAUUGUUGGUUGUCUGACUUGCACCGUUUUUAUCCUGCUACUCCAGUUCUGGUAUGGAGAGCGAGUGCUGCGAAUAGUUAAUAGUUUCCUGCGCCUCUUUCGACGUGUCCGCACAUUGACGGCAACAUCUGCAAAAACUAGUGGCUCGUAUAAUGGUUAUGGAUGCACCAGAGAGUUCGUACUAUUGCUUUUGAAAGCGGUCUCUAUCUGCUACGAGGUUGGGUGCCAGUUUCCCCUAAUGUGGGCAUCGCAUACUGUGCACGAGUUUCUCGGCACGUUCUGCAACAUGUACGUUACUAUUGGAUCUCUAAUAGUGAUGCAUAUUGGCUUUGUGGGCUACCUCAGCGUGGGUGCUCUCUACUCGGAGAUCAACAGCUAUGUGCGCCAUGAGCUGUGCCACAAACUGCGCUCUCUGGAACGUUUAGGAGGGAAUCGACCAAGUAGUCGUCGUCUGAGAUCUGUGGGUAAUCGGUUGGACGAAUGCAUUGGCAUCUACGAUGCGAUACAACGUCUGGGUAGCUCCUUCCAUAAGUUUUAUGAGCUCCCGCUCUGCCUGUCGAUGCUGUUUCAUUUCUUGACCAUGAUCUUGGUGUCCUACGAAGUCAUACUGCGGAGCAAAUUUCGCAGUUUUACACUCUUGUUUCUGGUGAUUAAGCUCUUUGUGGAUGCUGCUCUGAUAACACUCGCAGCCCAUGGAGCUGUCAGCAGUUCAAGGCUGGUAAGAAGAAUUGGCGUGGAGAACUGUUAUGUUAGCGAAGAUAACGAAUGGCACAUGAAGAUGGAGCUUUUCUUGAAUCGGCUCAACAUCUACGAGUUUCGCGUGCGUCCUUUGGGCCUGUUUGAACUCUCCAAUGAGCUGAUAUUGGUGUUUCUUUCGGCCAUGGUCACCUACCAUACAUACAUCAUACAGUUUGGCCUGCAAUCGCAUCAAAUUUGAAUCGCAUGCCCCGUCACGCUUUGUCGAGUGCGAGUGCUCGGUAAGGCACCUGUGCUGUUUUGAGCGUAGUAUC